AUGGCGAUUAAGCAAGAACUUGAAUCAGAAGAUUUAUCUAGAGUUUCGGACACAAAGGAAAACUUAUCAUCAGCAUUUGUUACCGUUCCAAAACUGCCUCAUUUGCAAGAAAAAGGAGAACGUUCAACAACUGCUCUUGACUUAAGCACCGGAACAUCUCGUAAAAGGCCCUUUUCAGCGGAAAAUAACGAACAUGACGACGCUCCUAAGAGUAAAAUUCCUAAAAAGAAACCAACGGAUCAAGAUUUAGCACUUAAUUAUUUCAUUAAGCAACUAGCAAACGAAUUGCUAGAUCGUAGACUAACCAUUAUACAGCAGCCUAGACAUCGUUUAGCACAGCUAGAAGCAGCAUGUAAACGACAAUUCCCAGCCUUUAACGAUCGGCAAAUUCGUUUGAAGAUUAGAGCUCAGUUAAAACUCUACCGUCGGAAUCUCAAAAAGGCUGAAGAGCGAAAACUGGCGAAACCGAUCUCCUUCAACCCACAGUCAGGACAGUUUGAAAAAGCUUCCUUGCCGAUAGUGGGUCAAAAUCGAAGCUGCUUUCCCGGCAACUCGAAUGCCAUAUCAAUGGCGCAUCGGGCUCUUGCAAAUGAGAGAAAAAGAGAGAUUGUUCCCCUAAAGUCCAUAAAUAAUUUGCAAAAUAUUGGCAUAACUCUCAAUCCGGUUAUAAUGAGCAAACCUUUAACGGAAAAUGCAACGAGUUCAUGUCCAGUAGGAGAGACAAACUCGAAGCCGUUAUUAAUUUCAAGCACUCCGAAUAGGGUGUUACCGAAUUCUCAAUCAGCUUUUGCUAUGCCCAUGCCUGUAAAAAUUCCUCAAACGAAUAGCUCGCCUAGUGAUUUGAAUUCUCUGAAGUCUUUGCUCGAAUCUAUGAAAAUUCCAAAUAUUUCCGAGCCUAACUCCAGUCUUGCUGACUCAGUAAUGCUAAAUAUUAGCGACUUCGGACAUCAGUCAAGUCAGGUUGCAGAAUCGCAACAAUUAAAUCAAUCCUGGCCACCGGCUAUUUCUGAUCCGUCGUGCAUAAUUGCCAAUUGUCUGCGCAUAGCGGCCAAUUUUUUACUUCAAAGUGCCACGCUUUUUGAGCCAAAGAAUCCCACAAUGGUCAGCUCGGAUCAGUCUGGUUUAAACUUGAUUCCGAAUCCCAUUUUGGGAUGCGAUUUGCCUCCUAUGCCACUUCCCCUUGGUUUCCCCAAUAACUCAGUUCCCAAUCUUUCAUCUUCCGUUUGUUCUCUACCCUCACAGAUUUCUUCUAAAGCUACUAUUUCUACUAAUACUACGACCACAACAAAUUCUAAUGGUAAGAAAAGCAUCAGCUAG